AUGUCUAGAUAUGCGACACGCACCCUUCGUUCUACACUACAAGUGUCGCCGGACGAAGACAUCAAGCCGUUGACGACCAAACAUCUACACCUCUCUAAGGAACACCGAGCGGAACUGGAGGAGAUAUGGGCGAAGGAUACGAGGACACCUUCCCUUGAAUCUCGUAGAGCCUGGGCGGAGGUGCGGAACAUCGAGCCUUCCAACGUGCAUAACUGGUUUCCCCGCAAGCGAUUGCGAACCAUACAGCUGGGCCUGCCAGUGUCGGAAGGUUCCUACGAGCUGCGAUCAACAGUCAGCACGAAGUUCGGCACGGCCUCAUCCUCAACUGCUUCCACUCGAAUAAAGCGAGAACGUUCGCCUUCCCCUCUUCUCUCUCGGCCAGUGAAGAAGCGGCGAAAGACAAUCAUCUCUGUGACGACACAGUUAGCAUCUCACUCGGGGUCGCGGGCGAAGAGUACAUCGCUGUUGAAAACGGAGGGCAUAUCUGCACCCCUUCCUGUCAGACACACCCGAAAACACGCCACGAAUCCCCAUCCAGCCUGCAUGACCUGUAUAAGGACGCAUACAGUCACCUUCUCGGACGAUCUACCGCCUUCCUCCCCUCCCCCAAGUUCUCCUUCAGCUGUGCCCGCACUCACCUUUUCUUCCGACCCUUCUUCCUCGGACGCUGGCCUGGAGAGCCCUCUGACGCCCAUCGCUUCAGAUGGCGAAGAGGCGGAGGUCGAGGACUACCUCGUUGCGCAUCCCACGACGACGGAUCCAAUGCGCAUACAUCCACCCCCUCGCAGGCUUGUCCCCCGAUCAAUCACGCAAUCUGCGAAAAUGGACGCAUAUAUGCGUCCCGAUGGCAUGCAAGAGCCUCAGGGACCCGGGACUGUAGCGAACGAUCAGGAGAUCCUCUCGUUCAGCCCGAGCCCAAGUCCGGAACCUGAAGUCACGUCUGUCCGAGUCCCUGCUACCGCACCCCUGCCGCGUCGAAACAAGAAGCGAGUCAGGUUCUCCGAACAGACUCUGACGUUCCUUGUCGAUCCCUUCCGUUCUGAUCACCGCUUCUCGUUCGACGCUGACUCGACAGCAGAAGAUGCUGGUUCGCGUGCUGAGGUGCUUUCGUCGCCGUACUCUGUAUUCGCUCUGGUGCCUGCUUCACCGGUGCACCCUGCUGCUGCUGCGUCUACAGAACCCCCUGCUUUGGCCUCUGAAUCUAAUGCUGUCACCGACAAGCCCGUUGCUGCCACGUCUGAGCCUAUUGCUGUCGCAUCUGGCUCCGCUGCUGCUACCUCUGUAUCAGCUUUCUCGACGCGCCCUUCUGCUGUCUCGAACUCUACGUCAGGCUCCAUACCUACGACGAUUGUUCCUUCAACGUCCGACUCCAUCACUACGACGUCUGGUCCUUCGUCAGCUUCCCACACCAUUUUAUCGGCUCCUCGCAAUACCUCUCCACCGUCUGCUUCCGCCGCCGCUCUGAAUGCGCCUGCUUCUUUCGCCACUCUGGAUGUACUUGCUUUCUCUUCUCUGGUCGCCGCGCCCGACGCUCCUACCCGCGCUGAAUCGUCUCCAGCUGACUCUGACGCUCUCCACUCUGCUAGUCCUACUCUGCGUGCUCGAUCUCUGUACACUGCAGCUCCUGCUCCUGUGACGACUGAUGCGCCGACGCUUUGCUCCACUGCAUCUACGGGUGAUCAAAGACCUCAGACCCUGAAAUCUGUGCCGUUGAGGCUGUCUCCGUCUCGGUUCUCCAGACCCCUCGCUCUUCCAGAUUUCGCCGAGGUAUCUCCUCGACCGCCGUCGCAAGGGGCGGAUGUUCUGCCGUACAAACACUCUGCGGUUGCUUUGCGAGAAGAAGAGGAAGAGGAAGAGAUGUGCGCGGUCAAGCAAGAGGAGGAAGAGGCCCCGGACGGACCUGGUAUCGGUCCUGUCGCGAAAAUGGCGCCGUCUGUAUUCCAGCUUUGUCUCGAUAGUUCGGCAGGGUGUGCGCCCGCAGAAGACCCAGUUGGUGACACGGCCCAGACAUUGAUCGUACGACCGAAGGAAGAAGAGGACAUGGAGAUGAUCAUGGAUGAUGCAACACUCCCAAUAAGCAACCAUCGCACGAACGUGUCCCGGCUUGUCAACGAGAUACGUGAUGAACCUCCGGUGAUCGCUUGCCUCCAACCAGCAGUCGAGUCCUUGUCGCUCGUAGACUCAGACGAUGAAGAACCACUUGCGCUGGUAAUCGCUCGACAAAGGCUUGUCAAGGUGGAACACAUGGAGGCAGUUGUGCGGAAAACGGGCAAGGGAAAGAAGAAGCAAGACACCGCACAGAAAACGCCACGACGAAAGGCAAAAAUAGAGAAGGCGGGAACAAAAGCCAAGGCAACUGUGAAGUCCGAAGGAAACCGCAAGGCUAUGCUAGAUGCAGAGGUAGCUCAGACGGAGGCGAUCGUAUCUGACUUUGUGAGGAUAGACACGGGGUCGAAUCGGACCGUCACAUCUGGCCUUGGCGAGACUGCCACACUCCCAAGACCGGUCCGAAAGAAACGUGUCAGGAAGGUUCAUGUGAAGUCCGAGGCCGAACAGGAUGCUACCGCACUCCCCAACGAUAGCGGACAAUCCCACACUGCCCCAGCCGAGUCGGGAAGGGUUCGAGUGAAGACCGAGCCGUCUUCUGCAAGUGACCCGCUCAAGGCACAGACCAAAUCCGGCCGACGAAAACGCGGUAAUGCCAAGAAGGCAGCGUCAGGUGCGCCGGAGGUCUCGGCGAAGUCGAAAGCUGGUGCCAGAAAGCAUCUGUCUGCGAACGACGGGGGAAGAUCUGAGCCUGCCGUACAGCCUCCAUGUAACGACGAGAAUGACACGCCCAUCAUGUUCAGGACUGUUCAUUGGCCACCGCCCUAUGUCCUGGCGGCCAGUUCAGGCGCAUCGCUGGGUAGCAUGAAUCAACUCUUCUCUAGCGGUGUCCAAUGGAUAGAGGACGAGUUUGAUUCUAUGGAGCUGAGUGCUUUCUGCUGGAUGAACCCGCUGACAGAUAAUUGCGGCACUGAAUAUGGGAUCUCCGAAGACCUCGCGGCGUACUCUGAUUGGACCAUACAUCCGUUCGCUCAUCUGUACGUCGACGUCGGCUUGCCGGCGUUUUUGCAAAGUGCAUACGCAGUCCAUGAGAACUGGAUCGAGGCUAACCAUGGUAUCAAUCACGCUCCUGGCUUGUCACAAUGAAGUCGGCAUGUACAAUUAGCAUUCUGUUCUAGCUAUGAAUAACAGUAGUCGUUGCCAAGCACACUGUCCUUCAUAUUGAUCUGGCUCAUACAUGAGUACAUAAUACCUCACAUCGCAUGCAAUGUUCCCCGGGGACUGAGUGAUACCGUCGUGAUUGCGCCGUGGACAGCUUGUCGCUUCGCUAGGUCCUGAGAAAAUGCGGUUUCAUGCGGUCCUCAACGGACCCCUCCUGUCGUUUGACUGGACAAUGCGAAGGUCGCCUCUUCUCCAAUUGAUCGGGUUUGCACAUUCUCGGGAUCGACAGGUCUGUUCAAAAUUGGGUCGGUCAGAUUCUGGUAUGCCUCCAGCGGUACAAUACACCGACUUAGCGUGGGAUGUUGCUGCAUCCAUCACUGCAGCCUGAAAUUCGCCCAGAGGCGCAGAGUAUUUUGAAUCCAGGUCCGGUGAGUCCUCGUCUCUGAUACGUCGGCGUUCAUUGAGCCUGGC